AAAUUCAGGACAACGACCACAAUCGACGGAACCGCUACAAUACCCGUCCAUUUGUGGGACGAUUUGUCAAUCGAUGAACACAACCCGACUCUUGCUGGAAAUCGACACUUACCCGACUCUGGCCUUGAAAUUCAGUUCAGGGCAAAAGUGAGGGACAGUUUGACGGGAAAACAGUACAACACAUCCAAUACAAUGAAGUUAUACGAAAGGGAUGUGAAGGUAGAGCUGAUAAAGAUAUCGGAAACAUACAAACCGGGGCUGAAAUACACGGUUAUCAUGAAAGUGGUCACACAAGACGACAAACCAGUGGCCGAUAACGGACCGCAACUGACACUCAAACACGACUACGAACGCAAUGCGAGCAAAUGGAUUGGCAGUCCAUUACAGGUGUCGCCAACCAAUGGACUCAUUAAACUGGAUAUAUUUCCGCCCAAAGAUGGGAUUGCAUUGGGAGUGAACGCUGAAUAUAUGGGACACUAUUACUAUUUCCCCGCUAUCACGAAGGCUGAGUCCCCGUCCGGACACUACAUGCAAGUGAUCCGCGCGGACACAACCGACAUCACUGUCGGACAGGACGUGAAAUUGAUAGCGACUGCGACCGAACCUAUCAGACGAUUGGUGUGCGAAGUGAUGGGAAGAGGAGACAUAGUGUGGGCUAAAAGUUUGGACAUUACCACCAAUAUUAUGGACGGCUAUGAGUUCAGUAUCGCGACUGUCCGUCCAAUGGCGCCGUCGGCGAGGGUUUUGUGCCAUUAUGUGAGACCAGACAACCAGGAAAUGGUGGCCGACGCUCUUAACAUCGCUGUGGCAUUGGUUCGGACGCCCGUCACAGUCGACGCCCACAUCCGUGCGACCAAACCGGGAGCGAUGGCCGGCGUUCGGGCCGACCCUACUGUCGAUAUACUUGGCGUCGACAUCAGCGCCGAGGAUAUGAUGAAUGAGUUGAAAGCGUACGACUAUAAGCCAAAACCGCCCGUCGGUCCAUACGGUGGACACUACGGCCGACGCAACGGUCGUAUUGGUAGGGGUGGCGGUCGGCCCGUAUCCGAGACCUCAUCGGCGACAGCCGCUGAGAUAUUUGCCAAUUGCGGUGCAGUUGUGCUGUCCAAUGGUCUCAUACAUAAUAAGCCACAAUAUAUGUACAAUAGUGUGCAGUCUGAAAUUAGUGUACAGAAGUCUCAAAUAGUGUACUGUACACUUCAAAAGUGUACGGUUGGUCAUACUAAUGAUGAGGUGGUGGGGCCGCAAUGGGUGGCCGCACCACCACCUGCUCCCACACACAUGCAGUCAAUGCCAUUAACCACGACGUGUAAAUCGGUUUUGGAGGCCGGAGGGCCCCUAUAGUGGCUUAUCAAGCGAUAAAACCUCAAACAACCCAAUAAUAAUUGAUUAAAAUUGUAAUUUAUAUUCAAUUCUGUAUUAAAAACAAGUGGUAAUAAAUUUAUUAAUUUUUAAUUUAUAA